GUUUUUUAAAAAAAUUCUAGCUUUCGUUCCUCGUUUUUGUUUUCUUUUCCUAUAACCUUCCCCACCAGAUGAUGAGAUAAUGAUGCAGCCACCCUCAAAAACAAAUGCUCGACACCAAACGGAGAGAGAGAGGGGUCAAAACCUCUCUUUUAUCUCGCUCUGAUCAUUGAUUCCAGUUGGGUUUGCAGAGAAACCAACUGGGUUUCGUCCAAUAUCUUUUGUUGAUGCAGUUCACAAGUGGGUCUUUUUUUUAUAAAAAAAAGUCUGGUCUUUGAUGAGUUUUUUCGGGUGGUAGGAGGAGCGAAAGAAGCAGAAAAAAAUAAAGUAGAGACCAUUAGAGAAACAAUCUCUUCUUCUUCCCAUCAAUAUUUCAGUCCAGAUUGCGUGGUACCAAGUGGGUCUUCUCCAGUUUCGCCCCUGCCAAGAUUUAUCUCAACUUCAUUUCUUGUAUGAUCUGAAAGUUGGUGCUGUUUGUGGACUUGAUUGCCAGACAUACUGAGGAAUAAAAAUGGGGCGAUCUUAAUGAGUUUCUCGGCCAUCGCUGGUGUUUUUCUCAAGCUUCCGAGGAUCUUCUUGAAGAUAUGUCGCUGGGUUUUAGUUAGAAUGGCUUUGAAUUGCAAGUUCUCUGGCUUUAAUUGCAGGCUUUCGGUUAAUAUAAAGCCAAGGAAAGUGAAGGGGCGACUGCUAUGUUCUAAUGGCGGUUGGAGGUGGAGGAGGAAGCUUCUCCUUCUCUGGGCUUUAGGGGGUAUUUUAGGAUCUAUAUGGUUUUUCUAUGAUAUGAAACAUGAUAGCGUCUCAAAGAGGAACGCCAAGAUUUCUGACAUGUGGCAGGAGAAAGCCCAAAUCUUGCAAGAGAGAUUUAAUGUCAGUAGAAAUCAUCUUCAUGCUUUAGCUUCUUUGUCUUCAAAAUCAGAAGAGAUAUCACCUUCCAAAUGUAUGGGAGAACCAGGAUUUGAAGAGCCAGCAAGCAAUAAUUUUGCUUGUCUGCAGAAAGAACUUUGUUCAGAGACGGAGAGGUUUCAAAAGCAGAAUGGAUGGAUGUUGGAUGGCAUUGAAGUGAAAUACCAAUACCAUGAUCAACAUGAAUACACUCCCACAAAAUUUAGCUUGACAUCUUUGGGUGACAAACUUGUACCAGUUGUUUUAUCUCAAGAUAUCAUGUGCUCUGCUUCACCUGAUGAUCUAGUCUUUGGAAAGAGCAUCUCACAGACAGAGGUAUUUGGGAACUACAAACAAGAGAAAUGUGUGAGCCAGUCCAGUUGUUUGUUGAAGAUAUGUUGGUUGGUCCUUGUUGGGAUAUUUGUGGGCUGGAAGAUUUCCAGUUUUUGUGGGCAACUGUGGAGCAAUAUAAAGCAGGAGGUUCAGCAGCAGCAGCCGCAUGUUCAGUUACAUCAGCGACAGAAGCAGCAACAUCACUCCCAUGGCUCUUCUAAAUAUGCCGGGAUGUGGAGGAGGAAGCUCCUAGUUAUUUUGGUCUUGGCUGGGAUUGCUGGGUCUGUCUGGUUAUUUUGGUACCUGAACAAGAAUAUCAAUCUGAGGAGGGAAGAGAUGCUUGCCAACAUGUGUGAUGAGCGUGCUCGUAUGUUGCAGGACCAGUUCAAUGUGAGCAUGAAUCAUGUCCAUGCCUUGGCAAUCCUCAUCUCAACAUUUCAUCAUGGGAAGCAACCUUCUGCUAUUGAUCAAAAAACAUUUGCAGAAUACGCAGAGAGAACAUCUUUUGAAAGGCCGCUUACUAGUGGUGUUGCCUAUGCUUUGAAAGUGUUGCAUUCUGAGAGGGAGCAAUUUGAGAAGCAGCAUGGUUGGACAAUAAAGAAAAUGGAGGAAGACCAGGCCCUCGUUGAAGAUUAUAUUCUUGAGAAUCUAGACCCUGCUCCCAUUCAAGAUGAAUAUGCUCCUGUUAUAUUCUCCCAAGAAUCUCUUUCCCAUAUCAUCUCUAUUGACAUGAUGUCUGGAAAGGAAGACCGUGAAAACAUACUGCGAGCAAGAGCAUCUGGAAAAGGAGUCCUGACAUCUCCCUUCAAGCUAUUGAAAUCCAAUAACCUUGGCGUGGUGCUCACAUUUGCUGUGUAUAAAACUGAACUCCCAUCCAAUGCUACACCUCAGCAACAUAUUGAAGCAACUGAGGGGUAUUUGGGUGCAUCUUAUGAUAUUCAAUCCUUGGUGGAAAAGCUUCUUCACCAGCUUGCCAGUAAACAAACCAUUGAAGUUAAUGUGUAUGAUACAACUAAUACUUCAGCACCCAUCAACAUGUAUGGUCCUAAUGUCACUGAGACAGGCUUGUUUCAUGUUAGCAACCUAGAUUUCGGGGAUCCAUUUCGGAAGCACAAAAUGCAUUGCAGAUUUAAACAGAAACCGCCUCCACCUUGGACGGCAAUAACAUCAUCAGUAGGAGCCCUGGUGAUCACAUUGCUUGUGGGUCAUAUAUUUCAUGCAGCAAUAAACCGAAUAGAGAAGGUGGAGGAUGACUAUCGUGAGAUGAUGGAGCUCAAAGUUCGAGCUGAAGCUGCUGAUGUGGCAAAAUCCCAGUUCCUGGCAACGGUUUCUCACGAGAUAAGGACUCCAAUGGUUGGUGUUUUAGGCAUGCUGCAGAUGCUGAUAGACACAGAGCUUGAUGCAACUCAGCUGGACUAUGCACAGACUGCUCAUGCCAGCGGGAAAGAUCUAAUAUCAUUAAUUAAUGAGGUCCUUGACCAGGCUAAGAUAGAAUCAGGCAGGCUUGAGCUUGAAGCUGUUCCAUUUGAUCUGCGUCCAAUCCUUGAUAGUGUAAUGUCGCUUUUCUCUGACAAGUCACAUGUCAAAGGCAUUGAGUUGGCUGUUUACAUCUCUAAUCGGGUGCCUGAAGUUGUCAACGGGGACCCUAGAAGGCUUGGGCAGAUAAUUACAAAUCUGGUUGGGAACUCAAUCAAGUUCACAGAGAAAGGGCAUAUAUUUGUCUCGGUGCAUCUAGCAGAAGAAUUGAGAGAGCCACCGGAAUUUAUGGAUGAAGUACUGAAGCAACAGUUGGGGCUGGAUCAAAAUGUUAUAGACACAUCUUAUAAUACAUUGAGUGGAUUUCCUGUAGUUGCCAGGUGGAAGAGCUGGGAGAAUUUUAAGUCAUUACGUGGCGUUAAUUCAACAGAAGCAAGUGAGACAACCAGAUUACUAAUAACAGUAGAAGAUACAGGUGUGGGAAUCCCACAAGAGGCACAGAGCCGCAUUUUCAUGCCUUUCAUGCAGGCUGACAGUUCCACCUCACGAACAUAUGGUGGGACAGGUAUAGGCUUGAGCAUUAGCAAGCGUUUGGUGGAUAUGAUGGAUGGCGAAAUUGGAUUUGUGAGUGAACCUGGGACUGGUAGUACAUUUGCAUUUACUGUGGCUUUGACAAAGGGACAGACAAGCUCCGUAGAUACAAAACACCAUCGGGUUGAAUCAACCAUCUCAGAAUUACAUGGACUGAGAGCAUUGGUGGUUGAUGGAAGAAGUAUCCGUGCUGAGGUCACAAGGUAUCAUUUGCAGAGACUUGGAAUAUAUGUGGAUGUUGCUCUUAGUCUGGAAUCUGCAUGUUCCUAUUUAUCAAAUGCUUGCAAUGGAAGUUGGUCAAGCCUUUUAGACAUGGUGCUUAUUGAUGAAGACGCUUGGGGUAAGGGGACAGGUUUUGCGCUCCUUUGUUUGCUCAAAGAACUAAAGCAAAGCAAGAGACACAAGGCCCCAAAGAUAUUCUUGGCUACAUCCACUAGUCCUACUGCACUUAAUGAGUUUAAAUUUGCCACUUGCGUAGAUGGUGUGAUAAUAAAGCCCCUACGUUUAAGUAUGAUGACCGCAUGUUUCCAACAAACCCUUGGAAUAGGACACCGGAAGCAGCAGGAUAGAGGGAAGGUUGAUUCUCUUUGGAGCCUACUAAGUGGAAAGCAGAUACUGGUUGUGGAUGACAAUAUUGUUAACCGCAGGGUGGCAGAAGCUGCCCUUAAGAAGUAUGGAGCUGUUGUUACAUGUGUGGAGAGUGGGAAGGCUGCUCUAGGGAUGCUUCAACCACCGCACAAGUUUGAUGCUUGCUUCAUGGAUCUCCAAAUGCCAGAGAUGGAUGGGUUUGAAGCUACAAGGCAAAUUCGCUGUAUGGAGGACAAGGUCAAUGAGCAGAUUAAAUCAGGGGAUGCAUCAAUUGAGAUGUUUGGGAAUCUGGAACAUUGGCACACACCAAUACUAGCUAUGACGGCUGAUGUUAUUCAAGCAACACAAGAAGAGUGCAUGAAAUGUGGGAUGGAUGGCUAUGUUUCAAAGCCAUUUGAAGAAGAACAGCUUUACUCAGCAGUGACACGGUUCUUUGAAUCUGGUUGAUAGAGCAGGACUAACAUGAUGGCAGUUUUUCCAUUGGUGGUCAGCACUGAAAUGUCAGAACAACUGCAAAUAUAGUCAGGGUGUUUGCUGAGCAACAUACCUCUCAGCUAUGAGGUGCUGCCCUAAGUUGGACAUUUUCUUGUGGUCCUCUCUGUUAGGGAAUGCUGCUCUAGUGACCGUAACUCCCAGGUUCUGUGAUUAUGAAGAAGAGAUGCCUGUAUGCAAGGGGAGAAUGAUCAAUAGAUGGCUGCCCAUUUCCUAGUGUAUAUAAUUACGGCAUAUAAACUGCACAGAAACAAAACAAAGAAGACAAACAGAGGACCAAUGUGACUUGCUCGGUGGUGUGCCCAAGUCUGGCCCAAAUAUGCUUUUUGUUGGAAAAUUGAUACUCAUUCUAAUCUGCCUGCCUGAGUGGCUCUGUAUUUAAGGAGAACGUUGAAGAUUUUGUUGCUGAUCUCUUUGUAAUAUGUCAUGAAUAAGAUCUGGGUUAAAUUCUUGUAAGCUUCUUUGCCAAUCACAAUGUAACAUAUUUUUUGGGCAUCAAAUAAUAGCUUCGCCAGUUCAUAUUUUUUGAAGAUA